AUGAGAGAGAUAACCUGAGAACACUCACUCAUGAGAGACACACAUGGAGCCUGAAGACGCUCUCUACAUGUGAACUUCACUCCUCAUCCUGAAGCCAUGAGUCGGGGGGAAGAGCUGUGCUAUAAAGCGCACCGAAUGGAGGUGGAGGAAGACUUUUACUCGCUUGAGUUGAGCGCCGAUGAAGAUCUGCCGGUGUGUAAGGACAGUGAGGAGCUGUUCGCAGCUCUUCGGCAGAAGGAGGAUGAAGUUCUUUUGGCCGCUCAGGUGGGGAACGCGCUCCUCUUGGAGAACAGACAACUGAAGGAAGAGAGACAGAUACUUCAUGACAAAUACACACAGCAGCUGGAGGAGCUGCAGCAGGGCAGGUACGAGCUGCGGGUGAAACUGGACGGCUGCCAGGCGCUGUGGGAGAGUCAGGUGGGCGAGCUGGAGCGAGACCUGCAGGAGCUGCAGAUGCAAGUAGAGAGACUGACGCAGACCCUGAGUGAGACAGAGAGAGAGAAAACCAGACUAAACCAUGAACACAAUGAACAGAGCCAGAGACUCCGAGAACAACUGCACAGGGCUAUGGAAGUAGAGCGAACCAUGACCAGCGAGCUGCAGAGACUGAAACAGGAAAUGAGAGAAAGGGGACACGCCAGACCUCAGGAUGAAGAAAUUAUCAGCGCUCUUAGAGAACAGGUAGCGAGACUCACGCAACGUGAACAAACACUAGAGCAGCGCUUGAAGACCGCAUGCCAAGAGAAUGAGGAACUAAGAGAGAGUGUGUCUUCACUACACACAUGCCUGGAUCAACAGGAACAACAGAGCCACACACACAUACAACAGCUGGCAGAGGCCUGUCGUGAGGUGGAGGUGGUUCGUUCUCGGGCUCAGGAGCUGCAUUGUCAGGUCGAGGAGCUCCAGGAGGAAGUGGCCCUCCAGGAGAAAAGUCACAACGACUCGUCAUUACUCUCAGAGCUUGAGCACAGUCUGGAGCCCACAGGCUGGAGUCUGGACAGAGAACAGGUCUCCCAGGAAUUGCACUACAUCCUGGAAAUACUGCGACCCGUGACCUGCAGUUCAGAGGCUGAGCACAACUCGCAUGACAGCCUGCAGGGCAUGCUGAUGCAACUGAAGCAAACAGCAAAAAGAAUCGCACACUGUGAUACACUACAGGACAUGAGGAAAUCCAUUGUGGGAGCAGUGAGCGAUCCAUGUGAGAACACCAAAUGGCUGCAGGAGAUUCGGGAUCAGAAUGAGCGUCUUAUAGCGGAGAACACCGAGCUCAAGCGGCGUGCAGAGACAGUGCUGGAUGAGGAAGUCAUUCAACAGGCCAUAAAGGACCGUGAUGAUGCCAUUGCUAAGAAGACAGCGAUGGAGGCAGAGCUGCUGAGGACUAAACAUGAAAUGAUGUGUUUAAACAACCAGCUGCUGGAGGCCAUUCAGCGCAAACUAGAACUUUCACAAGAACUGGAGGCCUGGCAGGAUGAUAUCCAGAUUAUCAUAAAUCAACAGUUGAGGAGUCAACAGCAGACAGAACAACUGCCUCAGAAGAGAUCAACUGGUCACAUGUCUUUCCUGCAUAAAUCCAGACGACCGUCGUGUUCCCCAUCCACCAUAUCAGAGAUGAGCUCGGAGCAGAACGGGUCGCCCUGGAGAGACUGGCUCAAACUAAGCAAAUAAACCUGCUGCUCAGCCUCCAAUGCUAGCGCUCAGAACUUAAAGGCCGUCUGCGCCCAUACGGCAUGAUCACGGACGGGGACCGCAGAAGCACAACCUGAGACUGCAUCAGACACUCAUGGAUUAUGAUCAGCUGAAGAAUGCCAAAGACACUGGCCAAGUAUUUAAAAAUAUAGUUUUGGGACGAUAGACAGACUGGUUGCAUCUGUCAUGGAGGAAAAACAAAAGACCUGCUUAUUUAAGAACAAUGGUUGAAUCUAACGAAAAAUAUGUCCAGGUCAUAUUUCAGCCCAACAUCAAAUAAAAAAUAAAAAAUAAAAAAAGUUUUGCUCAAAGAAAAUGAAGCCUGUUCAAAUUAUUUGCAUUGUAAUAUUGUUUUCAUGACAAUUCAACACUUUUAGUGAGAUUUCUCAUUACUGUGAUGCAUCUGGACUUUUUUUCUACUUUUUUUUUUAACUACUUAUGUACUUUUACUUUUUGUACUUCUUAUUCGAUUCGGAUUACUCUAAUACAGUUAUGUUUUGUAUUACAGUGAAAAAAGUAUAAAAAUAAUACAUUUAAUAAUGCAUCAAUUUUUUUUUUUAAUUACAGUAAUGAGAAUGUGUGUGUUUUAUUUUCAUGAGAAAAAAAAAUCUGUGUUUCUAAAAACCGGCUACUUUUUCUUUAAACAAAUAUAAUUAAAAGGGAAAAAUAUAUAUAUAUUGGAUGAAAAAAAAAGAAGCCUAUUUUUGGGACCAUUAAUUUGUAUUUAUUUUAUUUUUAUGACAAUUAAGCACAUUUCUCCUGAUAUGCAAUUACUGUAAUGCAUCUGGAUUUUUUGUUUGUGUGUUUUUUGUUUUUUUGUUUUUUGUUUUUUUGUAAUUGUGGACCUACAGGAUGCCUUAUAUUACAUAAUAUAUCUAUAUUUUUAUUUUUUAUUUUUUUAUUACGGUAAGGAGAAUGAUAUUUUUUAUGCAUUACUGUAAUGAGAGUGGGGGGGUCCUAAAACUCGUAAUGAUCAUAAAAACAGGCUUCAUUUCGUUUAAGCAAAAUAAAAUGUAUUUCUUUUGAUUUCAGGGUGAAAUAAGACAUAAACCUGUUCUUGACAGCUGAGAUUCACAAUAUUGUAUGUUAUGAAUGUUUCUACUUAUCAACGGUCUUAUAACUGAAGAAACACUGUGUAUUAAAUGGUACUUGUUUGAUAUUGUCUAAUUCCAAAUGUAAGGGAUUAGAGAAUUAAUGAACAAUGACAUCAUGCUGGUCAUGAUGAUCAUGUUUAUAGUUAUGACAUUGUAUAUAAUAACAUUACAGAGAAAGAUGCAAUAUUUGUUUAGUUCUAAAAUAGCAACAAUGACAUGGUUUGCAAGUAUGUGUGCAUGAAAGUAUGUCUCAAUGGAGUAUAAUGGAGUACUCAAGUAGACAGAGCUUUAAAAAAUGACAUUCUUGACAACCAACUGAUGUUUUAUCAGAUAUGAAGGAUUUAUAAUAGUCACACUGCUCACACUGUCAUGCAUUUAAGCUCAACAGUACACUUCUGUAACUGACCUGCACAAUGUGUUAUUAAAAUAAUUAUCUUUGUAAUAUCA